AUGCUCGAAUCAAGUCGAGUAAAAUCGCUUGCCCCGGCGCUGGGAAACUGGGCUACCCUGAUUCCUGAGUCAAUGAACUUACCGAAGCGAGCCCUCUCAGCGGUGCAAGAGCGCAGGCUCGUUGACCAUCUAGAUGAACAAUUCCUUGAGUUGACGCGAGGAUACAAGAAACGCUCCGAGCCAACCACUCACUUGCCCACAUUAUCAUCCUACCUCGCUGCCGCGCAGAAAAUAUUGAUAUUGGUCCUCCAAAUACCACCGAUAGACCCGUCGACCUCGUUGCGCACUGCACUCCUGUUAAGACUCACCAACGAAGUCCUCUCCAGCAUACCCGGAUAUCCCCCUGACCGAGACGCGCUGCAGGAAGUGUUGGACUGGCUAGAUGAUCUAGACCAAGCGUGGGUAGCAGCAUUGCAGUCUCAAGUCUGGGACCCAGCGCAAGCUGCCGGCGUAGACCUCGUCGUCGAUGCCUCGGAUGCUGCGGCAGGGAUGAAAUCAUCCCCCAUGAGCCAGACGGAGAGAACGCGGCUGAGAAGUCUCUUGGUGGGCGCCUCGGCGAGUCUGGAGGAGUGGCUUGCUACUACGAAUGAAGAAGGCAGUACGAUGGAUCUAGAGGUCCUUUUGGAAAGGAUGGGCUUGCAGGAAGGAUUCAACGAGAUGUUUUCAAACACGUUACGCGAACUCGGUGCUCUGGGUGGUUUAAUUGUGGAUCCCAAUGGAAUGGUGGGCACAUGUUGA